GAAUUUACAAUUAGGUGGUCAAGUGUCAUAAAUCAUUUAUAACCACGUUUUAGGAAGCUAUGAUGUGAUAUUGCUAGUUUUUUAAUGGGGUUUGACCAGACUCUUGUCAACAUCAGAUCUUAAUUACGGGUGUCAGUGUUAAUCCUGGAUUACCCAGCACAUCAACCCUGCUGCCGGACUUUGCCACGCGUUAAAAAAAAGAGUAAAACAGCCACAUUUGAGACGUGAUUACAAUGGGGAAUUUUACAUCCUCCCCAUCCCUGUCCAGCACAUCCUGUUCACAGUAUGUUCAGGAGAUGGUGUCACAGAACUGUGUUGUGAUAUUUUCCAAGACCACCUGUCCUUAUUGCAAAAUGGCCAAGAAUGUGUUCAAUGAAAUUGGUGCGACCUACAAAGUGAUCGAACUGGAUGAGCACAACGACGGGAGGAGAGUGCAAGAGGCCUUAGCUCAGAUGACCGGUGCCAGAACGGUGCCGAGAGUCUUCAUUAACGGAAACUGCAUCGGGGGUGGCUCUGAUACCAAACAACUCCAUCAGCAGGGGAAGUUGCGGCCCCUGAUCGAACAGUGUGCUCCCUGCUGUGCUGCCACAAGCUCUGAUGGCUCGGGCAGCGGACAGUUUGAGUGCGCUAAAUGACUAACCGUUCUUGUAGUUUUUUUCAAUCCUGUAUUUAUUAAAUGUUUGCUCGAUCUCAUGCUACAAGUUGAACACUGCUUGAGCAUGUUAUUUAUUUAUCAAAGUGCAUUUGAUAAUUGAUGUUAAGCGACAUACAUUUUCAUGCAGGGAUGUACAGUAUUCUUAUUAAAGCUGCCAUCUUUAAAACAAAACCUGUGGAACUACUCGUCAUCUGCAUGGUUGUUUUAUUGAAAGAUAUUACAUUCAUGAAAAAAAUAUGAUUAUGACUCUCACCAUCAAGCAUCAUCAAAUUGUGAACAUCUUUGGGUUGUGAAGUAUUGCCAGUGUGAUUCAAUACUCAUUCUCUGAGUUUAUUUGAGGUCAUUAUUUGUAUGUUGUAAGAUUAAAAGAACUACAGAUUUUUUUAUGAUUUUCACAUUUUAAUGUUCACAUUCAUUUGAACAUUACACAGUAUUAGGAAAUGUUCAUUGUUUGCAAAGAUUUUAGCAAUUCUAUAUUUGUUUGUGAUAUUAGGUACAUUGUUGGUUUACUGGAAUGUAUGAGUAACCUAAUACGUCUUGAUGCUCGUUAGUGUUAUGAAGGUAAAGGUUAAUGGGGUGUGUAAAACUACCUCUCUAAAAUGUUUUCAUUAUGCCAAGAAUGUGUUUUUAUGAAUAAAUAUGAAUGAAAG